AAUCACUAAACAUCCCAAGCUUAACAGCUAAGUAAGAAUCUAAUCUGGCGGUGGUUUUGAUGCAUUGCCGUUCGGUUUGGCAAUCUCUCGAAUUCGAGCUUUUAAUCUCUCCCAUUUCUUCCGUGGAAGCUGCUCCAUUGGUUAAUUUGGUUUGCAUUUGGAUUUGAAAUGUUUUUUAGAUUUGUUUGAAGUUGUUGAUCCAAGGGCAAAGUUAGUUGUCAGUGAGUUGGAUGAUCGGUCACCUUCCCAGUCACCAGGAUGCAGUUCAAAGCCUUUGCACAAGAGCAGUGUUGAAAAAUUAACAGAUAAGCACUCGAGAGCCUUAGAACUUCAUUCUGCUUCCGAAGCCCGCAUUGUGGAAGCUGAGACGAAGUUGUAAGAAGCCAUUGAAACAUUCAGUCAGAAAGAUUUGGAAGCUAAUGGGACAACAGCAAUCUAGGCCUACGAAUGAGAACAACCGGCUUUAUGAAGAGUAUAAAAAUACUAUGAAGGAACUCGAGCAAGCGAAAUCUAACCUUGAAGAACAGCUCAAGGAACAAAAAACAAGUGAAGCUGCUUUAAAAUCUGAGGUUGAAAAUCUCAAGGCUGAGGUUGCUGAGAAGCCUUUAUUGCAGAAUUCUCUCAAGGAAUUGCAAACCAAGUUAGCUCACUUUGAAGAAGAGAGAAGAAAACUAGCUGAGGCAAAUAUAAAGCUUAAAGAAGAUGUGUCUACAUGCAAGUCCAAACAAAGUGACCUUGAAGCAAAAUAUUCCACUGCUGUUGCUAAGAAGGAUGAAUCAGUUGAACAACUUCAGGCUGCAAAAAGGACUAUUGAAGAUUUAACGCAGCAACAUUCUUCUCAAGGGCAGAAACUACAAUCUCAGAUAUCUUCGCUUCUGGAUGAGAACCGCCUGCUUAAUGAAGUGCAUCAAAAUACUAAGAAAGAACUCCAGCAAGCGAUAUCUAACCUUGAAGAACAGCUCAAUCGACAAAGGGCACAAGAAGCUGCUUUAAUAUCUGAGGUUAAAAAUCUCAAGGCUGAGGUUGCUGAGAAACCUUUAUUGCAGAAUUCUCUCAAGGAACUGCAAACCAAGUUAGCUCGCUGUGACGAAGAGAGAAGAAAACUAGCUGAGGCAAAUAUAAAGCUUGAAGAAGAUGUGUCUACAUACGAGUCCAAACAAAGUGACCUUGAAGCAAAAUAUUCCACUGCUGUUGCUGAGAAUGAUGAAUCAGUUGAACAACUUCAGGCUGCAAAAAGGACAAUUGAAGAUUUAAAGCAGCAGUAUUCUUUUCAAGGGCAGAAACUACAAUCUCAGAUAUCUUCGCUUCUGGAUGAGAACCGCCUACUUAAUGAAGAGCAUCAAAAUACUGAGAAAGAACUCCAGCAAGCGAUAUCUAACCUUGAAGAACAGCUCAAUCAACAAAGGGCACAAGAAGCUGCUUUAAUAUCUGAGGUUAAAAAUCUCAAGGCUGAGGUUGCUGAGAAACCUUUAUUGCAGAAUUCUCUCAAGGAACUGCAAACCAAGUUAGCUCGCUGUGACGAAGAGAGAAGAAAACUAGCUGAGGCAAAUAUAAAGGUUAAAGAAGAUGUGUCUACAUACGAGUGCAAACAAAGUGACCUUGAAGCAAAAUAUUCCACUGCUGUUGCUGAGAAUGAUGAAUCAGUUGAACAACUUCAGGCUGCAAAAAGGACAAUUGAAGAUUUAAAGCAGCAGCAUUCUUCUCACGGGCAGAAACUACAAUCUCAGAUAUCUUUGCUUACGGAUGAGAACAGCCUGCUUAAUGAAGUGCAUCAAAAUACUAAGAAGGAACUCCAGCAAGCGAUAUCUAACCUUGAAGAACAGCUCAAGGAACAAAAAACAGGAGAAGCUGCUUUAAAAUCUGAGGUUGAAAAUCUCAAGGCUGAGGUUGCUGAGAAGCCUUUAUUGCAGAAUUCUCUCAAGGAACUGCAAACCAAGUCAGCUCACUGUGAAGAAGAGAGCAGAAAACUAGCUGAGGCAAAUAUAAAGCUUAAAGAAGAUGUGUCUACAUACGAGUGCAAACAAAGUGACCUUGAAGCAAAAUAUUCCACUGCUGUUGCUGAGAAGGAUGAAUCAGUUGAACAACUUCAGGCUGCAAAAAGGACUAUUGAAGAUUUAAUGCAGCAGCAUUCUUCUCAAGGGCAGAAACUACAAUCUCAGAUAUCUUCGCUUACAGAUGAGAACAGCCUGCUUAAUGAAGUGCAUCAUAAUACUAAGAAGGAACUCCAGCAAGUGAUAUCCAACCUUGAAGAACAGCUCAAGGAACAAAAAGCAGGAGAAGCUGCUUUAAGAUCUGAGUUGAAAAUCUCAAGGCUGAGGUUGCUGAGAAAACUUUGUUGCAAAAUUUUCUCAAGGAACUCGAAGAGAAAUUGGUGAAAACUGAAGCUCGACUGCAAAAAGAGGUUGAAAGCAUUAAGGCGACUGCAGCGAAAAGAGAGGCAGAGGCUUCCCCAAUGUCGAGUGUUAAGUUCAUCGUGGGAGUGGCUAUGGUGUCUGCAAUCAUUGGCCUCAUUCUUGAGAAACGAUACUAGAUCAAGUUUUUGUGUUUUUGCUAUCCCCUUGGCUGUUUGCAAAGCAAAACACAGAUGGUUAUGUAUUAUUCAAGUUUGUAUUUAGUUUGUAUAUUGGGUUGCAGAUGCUUUCGGAAAUAUAAGAAUUUGUGUGUUUGUUGAUACGAAAAGAAGAGGACGGUCUCAGUUGUUUUCGAGUCAUAUGGUCGGAUCCCUAAAUGAAAUUACUUCAUGGCCGUUUAAUAAGUAUUUAAUUUUCAGUUUUUAUUCUUUUUUUUUUUUUGAAAUUUGAAAACUGAAAACUCGUUCGACAACUAUUUUUGAUUGUCAGCUACAAAGCCUCAUUUUUCUACCAUGUAAACUACCUACUUGUAAUUGUUUGUUGCAGGAACUUGCCCAACCAAUUCACAUCCCUGAAGGCUGGCCGCGGUCACAUAUUUUUCCUCCUAAUUUCCGUCUCUCUGCAGUAAUGCCAGGGAAAGAAUAUAAUUGGCCCGAGCAGUAUCUCU